GCGACAGGGCAAACAAACAGGGCAGGACUGUUGACCUCGGGGCGUUGACUCUCGGGAACUGAUGACUCAUAGCUUGUGACAGUGUAUCUGAAAUUGUGGCAUUCGGGUCAUCUUGUGGGGACGCUGCGCACGGACGGUGCUGUGUCUCGCGUGCCGCGUCAGCAAGGCAUCUGCUUCCAGUGAAGACACAGCGAGCAGAGCAGCCCCUGUGCUGUUGAUCGACCGAGGCCGAUCAUUCUGGUGGCCACUGUCCUGCUUUGCGCUUGCACUUGUCUUGUCGAGCUGAUCUGUCAAGAUGAUGGCCCUUGUGAAUAGGUUCCUGGAGUGGAUAAAGAGCCUGUUCUGGAAAGAAGAAAUGGAGCUCACAUUGGUGGGACUGCAAUAUUCUGGAAAGACCACCUUUGUCAAUGUUAUUGCUUCUGGCCAGUUCAGCGAGGACAUGAUCCCGACAGUGGGCUUCAACAUGCGCAAGGUGUCCAAGGGCAACGUCACCAUCAAGCUGUGGGACAUCGGCGGCCAGCCCCGCUUCCGCUCUAUGUGGGAGCGCUACUGCCGCGGCGUCAACGCUAUCGUGUACAUGGUGGACGCGGCGGACCACGAGAAGCUGGAGGCGUCGCGGAACGAACUGCACAACCUGCUGGACAAGCCGCAGCUGGUCGGCAUCCCGGUGCUGGUACUGGGCAACAAGCGAGACCUGCCCAACGCGCUGGACGAGAAGGGUCUCAUCGAGCGCAUGAACCUCUCCGCCAUCCAGGACCGCGAGAUCUGCUGCUACUCCAUCUCCUGCAAGGAGAAGGACAACAUCGACAUCACGCUGCAGUGGCUGAUUGCCAAGUCCAAGUCGGGCGGCCGCUAGUAGGCCGGCGGCGCGGCCGCGCCCCGGUCCCCCCCGCGCCGACGGUGGCGCCGCCGGCGGCCGGUGCGCACAACUCGCUGCGACCUGCGGCGAGAGCCGUUUGCUGGACUGCGCCGGGCCGUGGAGCUCGCUGGACGCAGGAGGGCGCUCGGCGGCCGUCCGCCGCCGCGCGCGGGUCGCGCCCACUGGCGGUGGCGCCCAGGGUCGGCCGCCGCCCGCCGCGAAUCCCGACGCAACGCUAACGUACGCUUUACCCCGUUCAGCUGUUCUCCGGGUGUGUGGGUAUAUCAGUGCGUGAGGGCCGUGAGGUGGUGUGGCGUGGAGGUGCGUGCGGCCCGAAGCCGAGCCCGGGAGGCCAGGGGGCUUGCCGGGCCAUUCCAUGAGGCGCCGAGACGGGGCGCGCCGGGCGGGUCCGGCGGUGCCGACCGCGCUGCGGGCGGCGAGGCCGAGGGUAACGCUAUGCAGGUCGGGACGCACCACUAACACGAUUUUCUGUGCCGCUGGGACGAAAGCUCGCUGGCGUUUAGGUGUUGGACAACAACGUAGAGAGGGAACGCUGACCAGGGAUUGGAGUGAGUCGCGCACAGUGGCUGUCUUUCAUUGUAACUUUUGGGCUUUAUUUUGUUUUGCUUCGGUAACAAAGGUGUACUUCUACAUUGUGUUGCGUUGCAAGUAAUUCAGUCCAAAGUUGGAAUUCGAUGUUCCGUGUAUUUUAUAGUCCCUGAAACAACGCCGUCCUCGGCAAAAUGUUCGUGCAGGAUUGAAGUCGGUGUUCCCUGUAAGAAUGAAGGGAUGUGCUCGCGAUACACCGACGCGGUGAUGUUUUUCUCACUACACAGUUCACGUGUCGUGAGCUGUGCGGUACCUCCUGUUCACUUUCGUGCCCCGCGGGCCACGGUAAUCACGUAGCUUACCGCUAUCAAAGGCUCGCGAGCUUUCGUCCCGAUGUCUUUCUCUGCAUGUACCAUCGCCUCUUCGGUCUCCUCUCCUCGUCCCGCUGAAGUUCAGCCAAAUGCGCGUUAUUGUAUUAUAGCCCUGGGCUCAAGUUGUGCGUGUCCACCGCUUACCACAGAUAUUUAUUGCUCGUACGUAUCGUGUACCGCACAGCUGUGCGCCGCCGCUCUCGCCAGCAGGUUGGGGUCUGAGAUCGGCGCCGUCAGACCACGCAGGCGGGCACGCGCCGCGUUCUUAGCGAGCCAUACCCUCCGGGCGGUGGUCGCACUCACCGCGGGUGUGCGUCGGACGCGGCGAGGGCGUCACUCGCGCCGCCGACGCACAGGUCGCCCCGGUGGGGCGUCCGGUGGGGCGGGGUGGCAUGUCUCCCGCGCCGCCGCCGGCUGGACAUAUUCGUAUUUGUGUUACGUGCUCGCACGUCGCUGUGGUGCUCGCGAUGGUAUGUGUGUGUGUUUACUCCCCAGCCGCGGGAAAUACAUCAGUCAUUCGAUACAG